UCGUGUCAAAAUUGUAAAAAUGCAAAAAUAAUAAUGGAUUCCUUCUGACGCUCUGGUUAAAGGCCACUAGUAGACCAGGCGUCAUCUCCGUUUAUAAUCCUAGUGGUGUACCAUACCAAUAACCAUAGUCAACCAUCAACCAUGAUGUCGCUAUUGUUUGCCAUUGCAGUCAUUGUGACCAUCCUCAUUUUCACAAUUUUCCGAGACAACUUGAUUGGGCUGGCCGGCUCCAAUCAGAAUUCGAGAGGCGAUGGAAAAGAAAAGGAAUAUGGAUGCGUUUUUAUGUAUCCCCAAGACAAAAGAAAGAAAAUGAGAGAUCAGACGAAAAAGGUCUCCCAUUGUAAGACUCAAGAGGGAGUAGCGUCAUGCCAAUGGUUCCCAAAACACAAGACGGAUCCCCGGAUCUUUGUUGACGAUGAAGAGAUUGGGCAGGAGCCUGUCGUAAACUAAUAUUCUGUAUAUUCCAUUCCUGUGACCAUAAUUACUCAUACGUGUCAUCAUAACUACUGGACUUAUCCUUCAUAGAAUAAUUCAUUAGGUAUACACACUUACUGUUGUUUUACACACACUUAUGUUUUACCUUACUGUUUAAAUAUAUUUCUUAGCAUAA